CCUUCAGCUGCUGUUCAGUUCAGAUCAAACCGGUUUUUGUUUUGCGGGAAAUUCAGCGGGCGACUGAGUCAAAUCAGUCGGUAGAACCACUCUACCGUGUAGUUUUUUUUCUUUUAAACCCGUCGGCUUGUUUUUACUUUAACAUGAGCGACAACGAGAAAGAUUUCAGGGAGCAGGACUCGCGGGGUGGCUCGAGGAGUGCAUCCCCUCGAGGCUCGGCGAAAUCCGCCAGCCGCUCACCAGCACGCUCCAAAGAUGGCUCCCGCCGUUCCAGGUCCAGAUCUCGGUCGCGAUCCAGGUCCAAAUCCAGGUCUCGAUCCCACCGGAGCUCUCGCAGGCACAACUCCCGUUCUCGUUCCCGCUCCCGCCGGCGUCGUUCCAGGAGCCGAUCUCGUAGCUCAGACUACCGCAGGCGUAGGAGCCAUAGUCGCUCCCCGAUGUCAAAUCGACGCAGACACGUCGGCAACCGGGCCAACCCAGACCCUAACACUUGCCUGGGUGUGUUUGGUCUGAGUCUUUACACCACUGAGAGAGACCUGAGGGAUGUUUUCUCUAAAUAUGGCCCACUGAGUGAGGUCAACAUCGUCUAUGACCAGCAGUCUCGACGCUCAAGGGGAUUUGCGUUUGUCUACUUUGAGAACACAGAGGACUCAAAAGAGGCCAAGGAGCGCGCUAACGGAAUGGAGCUGGAUGGACGCAGGAUCCGGGUGGACUUUUCCAUUACCAAACGAGCCCACACUCCCACUCCUGGAAUCUACAUGGGACGUCCCACGUACGGCGGUGGCGGCGGUGGUGGUGGCGGUGGCGGAGGUGGUGGUGGAUCAUCACGUCGCGUCUCGAGGGACUACGACAGGGGCUACGAUAGAGGCUAUGACCGAGGUUAUGACCGUGACUAUGAUCGCUACGACGACAGGGAGUACCGUUCAUACAGACGCAGAUCUCCAUCUCCAUACUACAGUAGAGGAUACCGCUCUCGAUCCCGAUCACGAUCCUACUCACCACGUCACUACUGAUCAGUGAGAGAAGACUCAACUACAGUGUUAUUGUUUGGAUGCUUGUUUCUCUUUGUUUUGACCAGAUUAUGAAUGUGAUAUGAAUUCUGGAUUUGUUCAUGUAUCAAAUGUUACUAAAAAUGCCGUCUGUCAUGAAUUACCUGUCACCAAAUUUGUAGAAAGAGUCAUGAAAACGAAGUUUUGACAAAAUUCAAAAUAGGCAGAUUCAAGUGGAAAUGACUGUCAUGAAAAGUCUGUCAUUUUUGGACAUUAUGGUGGCUUAUAAAGAGGAAUUAAAACACAACCUGGCAUGAUU